ACUGGAGAGAAGCCCUACAAAUGUACAGAAUGUGGCAAAGCUUUUGGUCACAAAUCACAUCUUAUUUGCCACAGAAGAACUCACACUGAAGACAAGCCCUACAAAUGUACAGUAUGUGGCAAAGUUUUUGGUGACAAAUCAAGCCUUACUCGCCACAGCAGAACUCACACUGGAGAGAAGCCCUACAAAUGUAAAGAUUGUGGCAAAGCUUUUUGUCAAAAAUCAGACCUUAUUUACCACAGCAGAACUCAAACUGGAGAGAAGCCCUACAAAUGUAAAGAAUGUGGCAAAGCUUUUGGUCAAAAAUCAGUCCUUAUUCACCACAGCAGAACUCACACUGGAGAGAAGCCCUACAAAUGUAAAGAUUAUGGAAAAGCCUUUGGUCGAAAAUCAUACCUUAUUUGCCACAGUAGAACUCACACUGGAGAGAAGCCCUACAAAUGUACAGAAUGUGGCAAAGCUUUUGGUCAAAAAUCACAUCUUAUUCACCACAACAGAACACACACUGGAGAGAAGUCCUACAAAUGUAAAGAUUGUGGCAAAGCUUUUGGUCGAAAAUCAUACCUUAUUUACCACAGCAAAACUCACACUGGAGAGAAGAAAUACACAUGUAAAGAUUGUGGCAAAGCUUUUGGUGAAAAAUCAAGCCUUAUUCACCACAGAAUAACUCACACUGGAGAGAAGCUCUACAGAUGCAAAGAUUGUGGCAAGUCUUUUGGUCGAAUCAGACCUUAUUUGCACAGCAGAACUCACACUGGAGAGAAGCCCUAAAAAUGUACAGAAUGUGGCAAAGCUUUUGGUGAAAAAUCAAGCCUUAUUCGCCACAGAAGGACUCACACUGGAGAGAAGCCCUACAAAUAUAAAGAUUGUGGCAAGGCUUUUGGUCAAAAAUCAGACGUUAUUUACCACAGCAGAACUCACACUGGAGAGAAUUACUACAAAUGUAAAGAAUGUGCCAAAGCUUUUAGUAAAAAAGCAGACCUUAUUUGCCACAACAGAACUCACACCAGAGAGAAGCCCUACAAAUGUAAAGUUUGUGACCACGCCUUUGGUUGA